AUGUUCCUUAGAAUGGAGCUGAUUCCAAAACUUCUAGCUGGACUUAUGCUGCUGACCUUCUGCGUGGAGGGUUGCUCUGGCCAACACUGGUCCUAUGGGUUGCGCCCUGGAGGAAAGAGAAAUGCUGAAAAUUUGAUUGAUUCCUUCCGAGAGAUAGCCCAGGAGGUGGACAAACUAGCAGAACCCCAGCACGUGGAAUGUACCAUCCACCAGCCACGUUCUUCCCUCAGAGACCUGAAGGGAGUUCUGGAAAGUCUGAUUGAAGAGGAAACUGGGCAAAAGAAGAUUUAA